GGCAGAUGGAGAGCUGAUGCGUGAAACCCCCAGGUAGCUUGACUCCGGAGUCCGUACCCUCAGUCACAAUGCAGUGUCGCUUCAGUUAAGAGCAAUGUGGCCUGAGAGGCUCUUCAGUCUGUAACCCGACAGAACCACCUGCUGACUUCUCUUAUUCUUGGCCAAAUUAUCCACAGAGGCGACACCCAUGGCUGGUCCUCUGUGGAGGGCUGCAGCCUUUAUACAAAGACACAGGACAGGACUGUUGGUGGGUUCCUGUGCAGGCCUGUUUGGGGUUCAGAUCUCAUUUCACCUCUUCUCCAAUCCCAUAGUCCAAUGGCUCUACCAGUACUGGCCUCAGGGCCAGCCAGCUCCUCUUUCCCCUCAGCUACAGAGCCUCUUCCAGGAGGUGCUACAGGAUAUGGGUGUCCCCUCAGAUCAUUGCUAUAAGCCUUUCACUGCCUUUACUUUUCAACCCGUGAGUGGCGGCUUCCCAAGAUUGCCUUCUGGGGCCGCGGUGGGAAUCCCUGCCAUCUACCUGGGUGGCCCUGCGACCACCAUCGACCAUACUGUGAUCAUUCAUGGGCAAAGAGUAAACUGGGAAAGCCCAGCAGGCACCAGGCUGAGAGAUGCCCUGACCCUGUCUCAUAACGCUCAGAAGUUUGCUUUAGCCAAGGAGGUGGUCUACCUGGAGAGCAAUGUGGCUGCCCUACAGAUCCUGCCAGCCCCAGCUUGCCUAGCAGGAACCUGGGUACUGAGUGUGGGUGCCAAGCAUGCCCUGGGGCUCUAUGGAGGCCCCAUGGUCUUUCGAGCUGCCUUUAACUUGGUGGCAAUAGUGGCUGGCUUUGUGGCCUACACCUUUUCCAAGGACUCCCUCACUAUUGCCCUGGAAGGCUGGCUGGACCGCCGUACAGCCUCUCUGUCUGCAGCCUAUACCCAUGGUGGGGUGGAAUUCUAUGAGAAGAUCCUGUCGGGCAACCUGGCCCUCCGAAGUCUUUUGGGCAGACAAGGAGAGAAGCUAUACACACCAAGUGGGAAUAUUGUCCCCAGACACUGGUUCCGCAUCAAACAUUUACCCUACACCACCCGCCGGGACUCUCUGCUACAGAUGUGGCGGGCGACACUCAAACCAGGGCACACCUGAGAAGCCAGUCAACAGGGCACUGCUGGUGAAUGCUGGGGGAAUCUCUUGAUGUGACCCAAGGUCAGAACAGUGUGGAAUUAAACAGCUCAAUUCUGUCCUCACCAUGAA